AUGGCCGAGGGUGAAGAUAUGGUUGGGGUGGAAGAUCAAUGGGUAGCAAUCACGGCACCUGUGAAAAACCCAAUUGAAGCACUGAGGGUGAUUUGGCAGCCAGACAACUCAUCCUACGAAUUGAGGGAAGAUGGAUUCCAAUGUGGAUUUGACACACUUUCCGUGGAUGAGCUUUUCAAGGGCAACUUGCCCGAUUGGUUGCCUGAUGACUAUGCCACUAGUACGCAGCUGAUGCAAUACUACGAGAUGAAAGCAUCAGAGGUGGAACAAGCCAAAGAAUGGCUUCAUCUUUACGCUGAACUAGCCUUGUACACUAAGAAGCAGACGGACCCGUUCAUGUUUGAGCAUUCAAAGCCACUGGAGCUGGGGAAUGUUAUUAUUCAAACCAGAGGAGUUGUCGACUCAAUGAAAGAGGUCAAGCUGUUGGAUAAUGCAGUCUUCUUCAUAAGCUUCAAAACAAGUUGCGGUGAUGUCUGCAAAGGUAUCAUAAGGAGAACAAGAGAUGGGAGGCCAGAGCAUUUAUCCCUUGAAGCCAAGUGUUUCAUGUCAUGUUAG